AUGCUCACUAUCCUCGUGGACCUCGUGUUGGCAGACAAAUUCGUCGCGCAGGACGUGCUAGAUCUCAUAGUCAGCAAGACAGAACUCAUCAUCGCGAAAAGUGCUAAAAGCAAGGAAGAGAUGAUGCGUCUUGCUGUGGAGGGCGCGGAAGGGGGUUGUGCGUCGUUCGCAGGCACUCUUCUUCCGUGCCCCUGGGCUCUAGUCUUAGGUGUCUCCUCCGCCUUGGCCAGGCCAACGUUCGGUGGUAUCCCGCUCACGCAACGCGGUGUAGCCGGGGGCGUGAUUGUGUGGGGAGGGGUGUGA